GCCCUCUCGGUUCAACACCGUCUACGUACGUCCUGGACUCGGAAUCCCUUUUCGGACGCAUACAACAAGUAGGUGGGACAACUGUCAGCUACUGCAGCAAUACGGCAGCUCAGGAUCAGUCCUCCAUGGUCAGCUGUGACAAUCAGACGCAUGUUCCAUCCAGCUCCAUUUCUUACUACGUAGUUGCGAUGAUACUAUCCAACCGCCCACAAAGUAUACGUUUUGUAUUUUAGCCCACGGUCUACUACGACCCACGUACGCAUUGGACACGGAGCCCCUCGGAGCGCUCGACCGGACGCAUACUACACUACCGAACAUCUCAACAACCUACAUGAUUGUCAGUCGGUGCAUUGCAGCUUGGCGCCCGUCUUAUUCGAGCGCACAUCGACUCUUCCAAGUGUCUCCAUCGCAUCUGUGUAAUACUUCAGUCAAUGGUGUUAAAUCAGUCGAGAAUAACAAGGAAAGCACUCCAGAUCUCACCGAUGAGUUGAAGACAUUACGCUCGGAUUUCGAAAAACUGAGGGAGUCUCACUCUCACCUCGAAGAUAAGUAUAAGCGAGCGUUGGCGGAAUCAGAGAACAUGCGUGUUCGCCUAACGAAACAAAUCGAAGAGGCAAAACUUUUUGGAAUUCAAAGUUUCUGCAAAGAUCUUCUGGAUAUAGCAGAUGUGCUCACAAAAGCGAUGGAGUCUGCCCCGAAAGACCAGUUGGUCAAUGAUGUUAAUCCACCUUUUGUAAGCCUCUAUAAUGGCCUCAAGAUGACUGAACAACAGAUACUCAAGGUCUUUGCACGUCACAAGCUUUUCCGUAUUCAACCUACUGAGGGUGACCGGUUCGAUCCGAAUAUCCACGAAGCCGUCUUCCAAGCCCCUUUGCAGGAAGGAAAGCAGCCGAACACUGUCGCCAUCGUGACUAAUAUCGGUUACAGAUUUCACGACAGAACACUCCGUCCUGCUUAUGUUGGGGUUUAUGGCCCAUAGAAUUAUUGUCCAAAUACGUCCCUCUGAUUCAUCUUUCUGUACACUUGUACUUGUGAUAACACGACUCACCGAGUUUCUGCUGCUUUUUGAUGGUUUAAUUCCCGUGUGCAUCCUGUGUCGCUUACUUUUUGCUCUCACAACACACUCGAUCCCGAUGAAAACAAACGUUCGACCAGUAGUAUCGCGUUCCUCUCGGAAACCAACUACCUUUUGUUUAUUUGUGUGGCAUUAUCUCCCAUAAAUAUUCUCGCUCUUCCAUUAGUGGCCAUUCAACCGUGUAGCCAUGUCAGGUUCGUUUCCUUUGAUUUACGUCUCCAGUACGGUUUUUAACUUAAACCUACCGACUUGGCCAGAGCUCCACUUAAAUGUGGUUUUUGCUCCCCUUUCAGCAGAUAUGCAUUGCCAUACGGCUGAUUGCUUGUUUGUUCACUGGAGUGGGGUGCGUUUGCCACUGUUGUGCUUGCUUAAUCUAGCACUGACAAUGACAGUGUCUCACUGCACUCACCCAUGUGUAUUUUCGUCUGCAUUUUUCUUUAUUUCAUCUGCCAACUGUGUGAUUCUUUC